AUGAGUUCAAUCAAAGUUGAUGCAGAUAAAGUGGUACCGAAAGUGACGGCAUCGCUUUUGCCAAUGCAUAUUCAGCAUAAUGGGGCUGCAAAUACAGCUGAAUAUUUCACACCUUCACACACAACAGAAACAUUACGCGACGGCUCGACUAUAUCGACCGCUUUUUUCAGAGGAUGUCGUCUUAUAGGAAAAGAUUUGAAUUUGCUGGAGCAAAAUUUACAAGGGUUUGUGAUGAAUAGCUCUGAACUGCUAAUAAGGGAAGAGAAUUUAGAAGAUGGAACUGAAACUAUAAAAAGUGUAAAGAGUUAUACACCAGUUGCCACAUUUGACAAGCUAGUAUUGUUUGGACACGACGAAGAAGUUGAGCCCAACGAUCAAUGGAGAUUGAUUACAGAGUACCUGAAAAUAAGCAAUGUUUUGCACUCAUAA